AUGGCGAUCGACGAAAUCGUAACAGAUGCGAAUCUAUCGACCGUUCUCGAUGCUUCCCGCGACACUCGAGUACAGGCGUUGAGACUUGUUGAUCAAAUCGCGGCAGCCGGGCCUAUCGAAAGCGCAUCUCCAGAGGCCCUACUGGAGACCUCUAAGCAGCAGAAGCUCCUAAUCACCAAUCUUGCACAAUUGCGCGGCCUUCAUCGAUCGGCCUACUUUGGUGCCCGUCAGACCAAAUCGCAGACGUCCGAAGCACGCCAGGAAGUUGACCGUCUGCAUCUACAACUUCAGAAUCUAUACUACGAGCAGAGACAUCUACAGGGGGAGAUCGCAGCUUGCGAGUCAUAUGAGUCAGUACCCACUGAAGCUCUAUCCAACAAUCUUCCUCCACCAAUUCAAGACCUCUUCUCCAUUUCUACAUCAAGCAACAAUCCUUUCCGCAAUCAUUAUACUGCAUCAGCACCUGAACUUGCGCGAGAACUAAUUGUAUCCAGCCAUACUUACCAAAAGCUUCCCCUGAUACCUCUUGAAGAGUUCCUCUCAUUGAAGCCUGAUCAUACCGACGAUGACGAAAACACCCUGAUGAUUGCACGGAUCGAGCACGAACGCAGCGAGCGCGAGGCUCUAGAGCAGAAACGAAUGGAAUUGCUGAAACGAAAACAGAAGCUUAUUGCCGACAACAAGAAGAGAAAGGAUGACCUCGCGAAUCUUGAUAAAGAGCUUGAAAAGUUCAUUGAUGCUGCCAAACCAAUCCAGAAACUAUUCGAUAAGAAUGUUUAA